AUGCUAGGAAAUGGAUGGGACUACUCCCAAAUUCUUGAAUGGGCUACUCGCUUUUGGGACACGCGUGAGCGAAACGAGGAUGAGUACAAGUGGCCAGAGAACAUUCGCGCAAGUGUCGUCAGUGCUCUGAGUGAACUCAACAGCGCGUUCAGCAAGACUGAGGAGAUUCAUCGGGAUGAACAUGCCUUGACAGACGACGAUGAUGAUGCUAUGGCGACGUACCGCACUUUUGUCGAAAAGCGCCGCCAGCUGCUCGUCCAGGACCCUAUUCCCGGUGAAUAUGCUUGUGAGUAUGAUUGGGAUUGUUAUCAGUCGUCGCGGCUCUUGCGUCUCUUACCUGGGGACCCUGGGUAUGUGCUAUGGAUGGUGGCACUGAGGGUUUUUAGGGGGGCAGUUGAAGAUGCUAUCACCAGUUGCGCUGUCCUCCAUGGCUCAGGACGCUGGAUGGUAAAUGAAGAAUUGGAGUCGUUCCCGGUGGAGUGCGAGAAGAUUUGA